AAUGACAUUGAGUAGACUAAGUUGUUUGUUUCAGGGAUCAUCAAGCAUUGGCUUAAUUGGAGAGGUUACAAUUUAUAUUCUAUCGCAGCUUCUCUUGUUGAAGGUAUUUGAAGUUUAAAGAAGGUGUUAUGAUGACCAAUGAUGAAGCAGAAAUUGUGUUAAUUGACAUUUUAUUAAACGUCCAUCAAAGCUGCUCUCAUUUUUUUCUGGUGGGGCCUUGUGGGAUAUGCAACUAAACAAGAAAAAAAAUACUGCCAAAGAAGAGGUGUAUAAUGACUAUGGCUACGAGGCACAAAUUACAAAAACUGUGUUGAUUGCAUUUAAUUUAGUUUGCUUUGGUUCAUUUGCGAGGAACAAACUGAACCCUAUCUUCUUCAGUGCCUCCGCUUGUUUUCUUGGAAAGCUAUGGCAGAAAUACAGAGAGGUUCAGGAAGUGUCUUCAAGCAGUAGCAGAUAAUCUAAUAUGUUUGCUUGUCUGAAUAAGUUUGAUCUGGGGCUUCUUCGGACAUUGAUCUUGGGUCUAAGUGGUUGAGAUUGCUUUUGGAGCUCAGAACAAAAGCUCUGUUUUUGUGAUUUUUUUCCCAUUUGUUAUCCAUUUUCUUGUUGCUUUGUAGUUAGUUACUUGUUUCGUCUUGCUUUGUGCUGUAGUUGUGGUUGUAUUCGUAUCACAUUCUUGAUAUAGUGGAUAUAUUUUUAUGGACCAGAGGUCCUGUGGUUUUU